AUGACUAUGAAAAUCCUGUUAUCAGUACCCCAUCUCGGUCAUCUCUAUACCGUUGUGUUGGCCGAUGCCGCUCACCGAUGGCGACGAUUGAGAGAUCCGGAUGGCUUACAUCUCUUUGCCACAGGCACUGACGAACAUGGCAUAAAGAUUUUGCGCGCUGCGGAAAGAGCUGGACAAAAUCCUCUGAAAUUUUGCGACGACACUUCGGGAAGCUUCCGCAACCUGUUUUCAAAGUUCGAUAUUUUGAAUACAGACUUCAUUCGUACUACGGAAGUCCGUCAUAAGCAGUGUGUGGAAUACGUAUGGAAGCGGCUCUGUGACCAAAAUGUUAUCUAUAAGGAUACCUAUUCGGGGUGGUAUAGCGUUGUGGACGAGUGUUUCUUCCCUAAUAACGAGGUUGAGGACUCUGCUUUGGGAAAGGUUCGAACUUCUUCCUGUUGCUUGGUGCUAUUUAGAAUUCCCUUAAGAUAUGUUAUCUAUGUGUGGUUGGAUUCACUUCUCAACUAUCUAUCCGUUGUUGGGUAUCCUGCCACAUUAAAAGCAUGGCCACCUACGUGUCAAAUUCUCGGAAAGGAUAUACUAAGGUUUCAUGCUUUCUACUGGCCUGCGCUACUAAUAGCAAUGGGACUUACUUUACCUCAGAAACUGCUCAUUCAUGGCCACUGGUUGGUUGGAAAGACAAAGAUGUCGAAAAGCCUGGGUAAUGUCGUUGAUCCCUUAGACGCCUCAAAGUUGUACACAACAGAUGGUUUACGCUAUUUUUUAUUGAAACAGGGCCUACCUAGUGGAGAUUGCGAUUUUAGUGAAGAAAAAGCACUAAACGUAAUCAAUAGCGACUUGGUAAAUAAUAUUGGAAACCUACUGAGCCGAUCUACCGUCCGAAAACUUAACCCUUCUCAGUUAUACCCGAGAUUUUCCGAAGAUAUCGCAGAUUCUCGCGUCAUGAAGUCUGCUAUCCCUCUUAUCAAAGAGUUAGAAGAGAUGAGAGAGAAAAGUUUGCAGUUUUACGACGAUAUGCUGUUUCAUAAGGCAAUUGAAAGAAUAAUGGCAGGUUUAAAGUCAGGAAAUAGCUUCUUUCAAUCGACAGAGCCAUGGAAACUAAGAGACCGACUUGCGUUGGAUACUGUGCUCUACAUUACGUAUGAGACUCUCCGCGUGUCAUCCAUAUUGCUGCAACCAAUAAUGCCAACUCUAGCCGAUCAUUGUUUAACGAGUUAUGUAUAUUUUCAUUCCACGACAAUUUCAUUUGAUACCCUAGUACUACUUUAA